AAACUGAGUUCUGGGAAAAUACCUACGGUGAAUUUAGAUCUCUUGUGCCAGCUGUGUUCGGAGGAAUUAUUUAGGAUUUCUGCGGCAAAAAUAUGAGAGAGUGUAUUUCAAUUCACGUUGGCCAGGCGGGUUGUCAGAUUGGUAACCAAUGCUGGGAACUAUACUGUCUAGAACACAAUAUCUCCCCAGAUGGUCAUUUCCUGGAGAAAAACUGCACGAACGGGGUAGCCCCGACCAACGAUGGGUUGAGGGAGUUAGGCGGGGCUGGAGAUGACGACGCUUUUAACACGUUCUUUCAGGCCACACGAUCGGGAAAGCACGUGCCGAGAGCCAUAUACGUAGAUCUAGAGCCAAGCGUCAUAGAUGAAGUUCGGACAGGUAAAUACAAGGACCUUUUCCACCCGGACCAGCUGGUCAAUGGAAAAGAAGACGCUGCCAAUAACUAUGCACGUGGCCACUAUACUGUAGGCAAAGAGCUCAUCGAUCUAGUAAUGGACCGCAUCAGAAAAAUGUCGGAUCUGUGCACUGGUCUACAGGGCUUCCUCGUCUUUCACAGUUUCGGUGGUGGAACUGGCAGUGGUUUCGCUUCUUUGUUAAUGGAAAGACUCUCUGUCGACUAUGGCAAGAAAUCAAAGUUAGAAUUUGCCGUGUAUCCUGCACCCCAGGUUUCUACUGCUGUUGUGGAGCCGUAUAACUCUGUACUUACCACACAUACAACACUGGAGCACUCGGACUGUGCAUUCAUGGUCGACAACGAGGCCAUAUAUGAUAUAUGCAGGUCGAAUCUAGACGUAGAACGUCCCAGUUACAGGAACCUGAACCGUCUAAUCGCGCAGAUCAUUUCAUCCAUCACGGCUUCGUUGAGGUUCGACGGCUCUCUGAAUGUAGACCUAACUGAGUUUCAGACUAACCUGGUGCCGUAUCCACGGAUUCAUUUCCCUCUGGUCACUUACGCUCCCAUAAUAUCCGCUGAGAAAGCAUUCCACGAACAGUUAACAGUCCCUGAAAUCAGCAACGCCUGCUUUGAGCCUUGUAACCAAAUGGUGAAGUGUGACCCGAGGAAUGGCAAAUACAUGGCCUGUUGUAUGCUGUUCAGGGGAGACGUUGUCCCCAAAGAUGUCAAUGCAGCUAUCGCCAGUAUUAAGGCCAAGAAGAGUAUACAGUUUGUUGACUGGUGCCCAACUGGUUUCAAAGUGGGCAUCAAUUAUGAGCCGCCUACGGUUGUACCAGAUGGCGACCUUGCCAAAGUGAAUCGCGCUGUUUGCAUGAUCAGUAACACAACUGCAAUAGCGGAUGCUUGGUCAAGAUUGAAUAGAAAGUUUGAUCUGAUGUAUGCCAAGCGAGCCUUUGUCCAUUGGUAUGUCGGUGAAGGAAUGGAAGAAGGAGAGUUUAGCGAAGCACGAGAGGACCUAGCCGCUUUAGAAAAGGACUAUGAAGAAGUUGGAAUGGACACUAUUUGUGAAAAUGGCGACGACGAUGAAUACGAGGAGUAUUGAGUAAAAAUGUGAGAAUAUUUUGAGGCUGGUUAUGGACGUCAUCGAUGUACAGUAUUUAUUGUAACAUAAUUAUGAAGCAACCAUUGAUUAAAAGGUUGUGUGAAUUGUCCAAUUAAUAAUAUAAUUGACAAUCGGGCGGGGCUACUUUUCUAUACGCCAUCAAUCAUGAUAAAUUGGAUUAAUGUAUGGAGAGAGUGUCACUCUGACUUGUUACUAUCACGUUGUCUUGGUUAUGAUGAUAGACCUCAAUGAUAUUAGGCUAUCAUCUAACAAAUAAUACAAAUGGCGAAUCAGAUCAGUGAACGAAUUGAAAUACUUGUUAUUUAUAAACUUGUUUUCCACAUGCAAAUACAUGUGCUCCAUCAAUCUUGAAAAUACUAGUUACUUACAAACUUCUUAUCCGCAUGCAAAUACACGUGCUCCAUUGGCGUGCAAAACCGGAUGCGCAAUUUCUCAUGCCUAGAUCUGAGAAAGCACACAUUGAUAAAUUGGGAGUAUUUUUAAUAGCAGCUACUGGUGAUAAUCAUGCACGAUAUAAGUAUUGACAAUAACAUAAUAAUUAUUCUGUGAAUUCAUUAAUAAUUUAUAGACCCACCACGUUCUCAAGCAUGUGCUCCGGUGCUACUAUACCUUGUUCAAGUUAUUACAUCUAACUACAAGAGUUUCAUCUAGAGCAUAUACUACUCGAAGAAGCUCUCUUUAAUUAUGACUAUUAGAAAGGGUAUGAUUAAGAAGAUAGGUGCAUGUAGUGCAUACAGUACAAUCAUGUGAAUUAUGUUCAUCAUUACAAUGCAUAUAAUUUGCAGUGGAUAAUAAGCAUGGGUUAUCGGUUAUCAUAUCAUGUCAGUUAAAAUACAAUAUCCAUUUCCUGUAUAUGUCGGUUUUUUUAUGAUGGUGAUUUUUGAGUUUGAAAUCUAUUGAAAAUCGUUUUAAAUUCGAAUAGAUGGCGGAAUAGUGCUCAUAUCUUCUUGUUAUUUCAAUGGCCUUUCUACGCAGAAACACUUUCGGUUUUAAAGAAGGGGUCAUAUGAAGCAGCUGUACAAAAAAAGUAAUCGAAUAUCAAACAAACAAGUAUAUUAGUUCCCGAAUAUAUACAAAUCAUCAAAACUUCACAUGCAUAAGCACGUGGCCUCUCCUUCGUUGAUGUUCUCGUCAUAAUCAUGUUGUUUUAUGUGUCUCAAAUGCAAAAUAUUGUGGUGGAUCACUUUUCAUAUCAGAAAUUUAAGUAUGAAAUGAGAAUAAAUGAAUUCACAUUAAUGGGACGGGGAUUAUGUAACUAUACGCCUUUGUAUACGCGACUCAGACUCAUUAACCCAUUCGCAGUUGUAUGUUUUAAACGCCAUUACUGCUGUAUUAUUCUC